AUCAGCGUGGUAAGUUUGCAGAACCUGACAGCCAGUCUCGGCCAGCAGGGAGCUCACUUCUUUCAGCUUUUCUGAGGUUGCAAAGUCCACUGUCGCCAUGUCUGACACAGAAGAAGUUGAGCAGGUCGAGGAAUACGAUGCCGUAGAAGAGGAGGUAGUAGAGGAAGUAGAGGUGGCCCCUGAGGCGGCCCCUGAGCCAGAGGCAGAGCCAGAACCAGAGCCAGAGCCAGAGCCAGAACCAGAACCAGAACCAGAGGUAGAACCAGAACCAGAACCAGAGCCUGAGCCUGAGCCUGAGCCUGAAGAGGCCGUUGAAGAGGAAGAGGAGAAGCCAAAGUUCAAGCCAUCCGCUCCUAAGAUCCCCGAUGGUGAGAAAGUGGACUUUGAUGACAUCCAGAAGAAACGUCAGAACAAGGAUCUGGUUGAGCUGCAGGCUCUGAUCGAUGCUCACUUUGAGUGCAGGAAGAAGGAAGAGGAGGAGCUGAUCGCUCUCAAGGAGAGGAUUGAGAAGCGUCGCGCUGAGAGGGCUGAGCAGCAGAGGGUCCGUGCUGAGAAGGAGAAGGAGCGCCAGGCCAGACGUGAGGAGGAGAGGCGGAUCAGGGAGGAGUCUGACGCCAAGAAGAAGGCAGAUGAGGAGGCUAAGAAGAAGUCGGCUCUGUCCAGCAUGGGCUCCAACUACAGCAGCCACCUGCAGAGGGCUGACCAGAAGAGAGGAGGAAAGAAAGAGACUGAGAGAGAGAAGAAGAAGAAGAUCCUGGCUGCCAGGCGCAAGCAACUCAACAUCGACCAUCUGAACGAAGACAAGCUGAAGGACAAGAUCAAUGAGCUGCAUGAAUGGAUGUGCCAGCUGGAGUCUGAGAAGUUCGACCACAUGGAGAGACUGAAGAGGCAGAAGUAUGAGGUUACAACCCUGCGUAAGAGAGUGGAGGAGCUCAGUAAAUUUAGCAAGAAGGGUGCCGCUGCCCGUCGCAGAAAGUAGACUGGUAGGCCCAGCCGCUGCGCAGAAACCAAACUGCCAUCAUCUCGGACACACGCCUGAUGAACUAACUCAUUCUGUGGCGAAGGUCGGCAUAGCUGAGAAGACGCCAAUAAAGCUGAGGUUUACCCUGCAACUAUCAAACCACGUCCAGACACACGCCAUCAAGAGCCUUUAGCUGGCAUUUUAGCUCUAAGAAUAAAAUCUACUUAACUUACUUGCCAUCACGCUUCCUCGCCCUCGGCUGUUUGGUUCUCAAGAUUUUUGUAAAUAAAGUGUGACUCUUCAAGCCCUGUCUGUAGAUCUGUUGUCAUUCACAAAUCAAUAAAGUUCAGUAUUUUUAGACAUG